GUAAAUUAUAUGAUGUGUGUCUGAAAAAAUCUACAUAAAAGCGAACUAUAGUUAUCUGCAACCAUAGUAAGCUGAAAACAUGCGUUGCAAAUUAAUUAUAUUGUUUCUGUUCUUCGCAGAGAUUAAUAUAUUUUGUGUGACGACGGAAGGAAUUAAUCGUCAUGAAACGUUUUCUACAUGUACAGCAUCCCAAAAAAAUCAAUCAAAUGCUGCAUCAUUUGUUCUAUUAAAUCCAAAACAGAUUCAACAUGCGGAAGCAAUAAUAAAGUAUUUCUUGGCAAGAUUAACUGGACCGAUGUCAAUUGGUCAGCCAAUAACUCUGAGAUUGUCGUCUCCCAAUGGAGGGAAUUUGGAGAGCACAAUUAGUGGGAUAAGCAAGAUGAUACGUGCAAAAAUUAUGGAAUUUGUGAGAAGCAGCGGAUUAACUGCAUCAGUUCGUCAAUAUAAGCAAACAUUGUGGAAUUCUACAAUCUCUAAAGAUUGGUUUACUGAAAGUCUGGUUCAGGGAUCGCUGCUAUUACACGAUCUGUUCAAUAUCGGAGAAGAAGUUCGAUUUGCGAUCGAUCAUCACUUUAAAACAUAUAAUAUGAUCUUGUAUGAAGAUAAAGAAUUAUCACUACGCAAAACAACAAGAAAUUUUAAGUUUUUCAAUACUAUAAACGAUGCAGCUAGUUUUAGCGAAAAGUUAUUUAAAUGCUUAUUACCGGUGACGAACAGGAGGAAUCCAACAUCAUCUUUCAAUCUCAAUCGAGCUUUUGCAAACUUAGCAAGAGAGUCACCAGACAACACCGUGAAAUCAUUUAAGUCCAGCUUAGAUCGAGCAUUCGUUCUUUCUGCACCAAGUAACGGCACAGCCAGUGAACAAUUAUACAUGCUGCUAUGUCAUUCACUUGUUGAAAGGAUCAGUCUUUAUGGCGAUUGUAUCAAAGAGUUACGACGUUUCGUGACUUGCAUGUCAUCAUCGAGUAAUGAAGACUUGAACGGGACAACUCAUCAUAGAUUUCUUCCCAAACCGUGGUUAAGCGUUAUUGAACGUUUAAGUGGAUGUAAGGUUAAUAUCGAUGAAAACGGCAAUGCGAAUAUUCACUGCAACUUCCAUCGAAGACUACCGAAGACUACAAAGCAGCAAGUAAAAUAUAUUUACGAGAAAAUGUUAAAUCAACGGAUAUCCAGGCGGUCACCUCUUUAUCGUGUCGCGAAUGAACUCGGAAAUGCUCUCUCGAGAAGCAGAUGGGGAAGACAAUUAACGUACGACAUAUGUCAGUACUUUGCGAUUUAUCAGGAAGGUCAGAGGAGAUUGAAUAUGCUUUCGAAGAAUGCCACUAAGAACAAGAGAGCAGCUAUGAGAUAUAAAAAGAUGUCCGUGUCAUUGAAUAUAUAUAAAAAUGGAGUAUUGAAAAAAACUAUGCUUGCUAUUGAGAACAUUCAUCAUUCCGCUUUAGAGAUACAAAAAUAUCUUAUCCGUGGUAUUAGGAGUUCCUUUGAAGAAUCAUGGAAGAGCCAUUUCAAAAUUCUUGUCUGCUUGUCAGAAUGGAUGCAGAAACUAUUGGAAUUAUUCGGAUGCGGAAAUUUAAGUGAUACAGAUGUCGAUACAUCGAUUUCUACUGAUACUUCGUCAAUAAAUAUGACAGAUUUAAACAGCGCAAGUGAACCUGAUGAAAAUAAUCAAAUGAAACAUCUCUCAAUAUAUUCUAGAAAAGAUCAAUUAAGAAAGGAGGCUGAUAUUACUUUUGAAAAACUAAUGCGUUUAAUGAAUCACAUAAGUAGAAUGCGAAGCCGAAAUGACAAGAGCACUUUAGCAUGUCUUGCGAAUAACUUGCUACUUGUCACUAUGUUCAUGGAAACAAUUAGUUUCGUUUCUACAUUAUUCUGUUUGGGAGAACAUAAAGAUGAAUCUAACCCCGAACAAAUAGCUGAAGAAUGGGAUUUACUUGGACGUGAACGUAGAUCAUUGCUUUUCGGAGAUUUUGCAGAAAUCGAUACAAUUAAAAAAGUUUCUCCGAUAGUACCAAUAGCUGAAGAAAUUGGCAAUAUUUAUGCUAAAAACUAUAUAAAUUCUGUUCAAAGCGUGCCUACAAAUGCAACAAAUAAUUCUUAUGGUUUAAUAAGAACGACUCUAAGAAGUGAUGAAUAAUUUCCGAUAGCAAUGUUCUUAAAAUGAUUAUAUUUAUGUUCUUGUUAUUAAAGUAGAAAAAUUGUGGGAUAAUUUUUUUGCAACAAAAUUGUUUCUGUCAAAAUGAGUAACAUGUAAAUGCUUAAUG